UUACGAUUUACGAAUAAUCGCGAUUUUGUUGAAGCUAGCAUAAGUUGAUGUGACAAAAAUUAAAAUUUUAAAAAUGAAAUUUGUUUGUAAUAUAAUUUGAUAAUUUAUUAGGUUUUUAAAAUGAAUUUACGCAAUGCAAUAAUUUUAACUGGUCGACGGGUAGUUUUCACUCAUAACAAACCAACAAUUCAGUUGAAGACCUUGAAUCAAGGAAAAAAAACAACAGCCAAAUUACAUGUUACACCAAUACGGAAAUAUCCUGAAGCAAAACCAAUUCCUUUGCCAGAUAAUUUGAAUGGAGUUAUACAUUCAGAAACAGCAAAAUGGUCUCCACAUCGCACAAGAGAUAUGACAACACCAGCAAUUCUUUGUCACGCUUCUUUUAGCCUCAAACAAGAUUUGAACAAAUCAAUUCAAUCAACUCCAAGAAGUUCUGAAUUCAAUAUUCAAGAUCCACACGUUGAUAGCUAUGAUUGUACUGGUGCCGUCAGUUUAAAUUCAUCAAUGCAAACAAAUGUUCCAGAGCCAUAUCAAUCUGGUACCAAAUCAACUCACUUGAAUAUGCCUGGUGGUCAAUGGGAAAGUGGUCACAAAUUUAUUGCAGAAGAUAUGCGUAGCUCACAUUACGUAAAUACAAUACGAAAAAUGUCAUCAGCAUCUGAUACCCCAGCAAAAACCGCAACAUCAGGUGAAACUACGGAAAAAUUAGAAAAAACUGAACCACUUUCAAAAAAGGAACAAUUGAAAAGAGCAUUUAAAGAGUAUGGUGCUGUAAUUGUUGUUUUUCAUGUUACACUUUCGUUAGCAUCAUUAGGAACAUGCUACUUAAUUGUUUCUAGUGGUUUAGACGUUGCUCAACUUUUAACUUCAAUUGGUUUAGGUGAUAAUCAAUUCACGGCUAAAAUAGCUGCGGGUGCUGGUACAUUUGUUGCUGCGUAUGCAUUACACAAAUUAUUUGUACCAGUACGAAUGAGUAUUACUUUAGGUGCAACACCAUUCAUCGUUAAAUAUUUGCGCCAAGUUGGUUUUUUAAAACCUCCUAAAAUAAAGCCAACGGAAUAGAAAAUUAUAAAUUUUCCUCAAAAACUAUUAAAUUUUGUUGUUAUCUCACUAGAGAUUUUCUUCAUCAUUGAAUAAACAAAAUUAGUAAACACAAUUUUAUAGGCACUAAUUGGAGUACAAUUUAUGCUCAAACUGUUUUUAUUGAGAAUAAACAGCUAACAUGGUUUUCCUUGCAUGGACUUUUUGUUCAUUUUUGUAUUUUAAUGUAUCAUAACUCAAUGUAUUCAAAUAUGAUCGAAAUAAAACAGUUUCGAGGAAACCAAAUUUUUAAAGAUUUAUGCUCUCAUUUUUGAUACCAAUUUAUAAAGAAAAACUCUCUGAGAAACAAGCUUUUGUUUAGAUAAAUUGUAAAUUGGUUAAAAUUUAUGUUGCAAUAAUUGAAAAUAAAUAAGAGCUUGUAAUUUAAUGAUUAAGAACUGCUCUAUGAAUAUUUUGCUUCCGUAGACAAAACUAAUGAGGCAGCUAUCGUCUAAAUUUCAUUUUGUAAAGUCGUAUUUUGAGUAUGUUAAGUCAAAAUAUUAAAUUUCAGUAAUUAAAUAGCGUGUGCCAUACUAUUGCCACCAAAAUUUUAUAACGUAAACUUAACUAGUUCAAUCAGAACAAACACGGGGGUUGAUGAGGUUUGAUUAUUUUUUAUUUUAUAUAGUUUAAAAAUAUAAUAUAUAUGUAUCGUUAAAACAAAACAUUGUUAUAUAUGGGAAUUUGGGUAAAUAGAUCUAUAACGAAAA